AUGAAGCCCGUCGUAUCCGCCUUCAACGCAUGGAGCUGCACGGUGCUGUCAGUCUUCGCCAUUGUCAUCCUCUCCAUCAUCGGGAGCCUGUUCGCGAGGAACCACCACCAAAUGAUGGGAAUGGAAGAGGAUCCGGAAGAUAACGCAGCAGUCGCAGCCUCAGUAUUCAUAGCUGUUGCGGUCUACGCGGUGAGUCGAUUCGCCUAUCCGGGCUCAUCUUCGUCCUAA